AAAAAUGAGGGGCUUUUGUAACAAUUUCCAGUCUUGGACAGAAACCAUUACCCUAAGCCCAUACACCAUCUCCCUCCUGCGCUUCUUUCACCAUCGAUCACCUUCAGGUAUUUUGGAGACAAAUAUGGAGCAAAGAUUGGUUAAUACAUGGCGGAUGACUGUGAAUGAGAAGAAGUUUAUCGAAACUGCAUUGCUUUCCGACCUCAGAGUCGACGGACGGCGCCCUUUCGAUUACCGGAAGCUCAAUAUCAAGUUUGGUAGAGAAGAUGGCUCAUCAGAGGUGCAGCUGGGUCAAACUCAUGUUAUGGGUUUUGUGUCUUCACAACUAGUGCAACCUUAUCGAGACAGGCCAAACGAGGGGAGCCUUGCAAUCUAUACUGAGUUUUCUCCUAUGGCUGAUCCUUCAUUUGAGGCAGGUCGUCCUGGAGAGUCUGCUAUUGAGUUGGGACGCGUAAUUGAUCGCGGUCUAAGGGAAAGCAGAGCUGUGGACACUGAAUCUCUCUGUGUUGUAGCUGGGAAGUGGGUUUGGUCUAUCCGUAUUGAUCUCCAAAUUUUAGACAAUGGAGGGAAUCUUGUUGAUGCUGCCAACAUUGCAGCCUUAGCUGCUCUCUCAACAUUUCGGAGGCCUGAUUGUACACUUGGAGGCGAGGAUGGACAGGAAAUUAUUUUGCAUCCACCUGAGGUUAGGGAACCACUUCCCUUGAUCAUACAUCAUAUGCCUAUAGCGGUGACCUUCGCAUUUAUUGGAAAGGAGAAUAUAGUGGUGGUAGAUCCAACUCAUUUUGAAGAGGCUGUAAUGGGAGGAAGAAUGACAGCUACUGUUAAUGCAAAUAGUGAUGUCUGUGCCAUUCAAAAGGCAGGAGGAGAUGGUGUGAUGCAGAGUGUUAUAAUGCAGUGCCUUCGCAUUGCUUCAGUGAAGGCUGGUGAUAUAACAAGCAAGAUAAAGAAUGCUGUUGAAUCAUACAGCACGGAAAGAGCUCUUAGAAAAAUCAAAAGACACACGCCUGCUACUGCCGCAAUUGAUAUUCCUGACCCUGGUCAUGGGGAAGUCAGUGAUUUUUCCAUGCAGACAAUGGAUAUACAAAGAGUAAAAUCAGAGGAUUGCUGUGUCAGUCAUAGUGAUGACAUGGAUGUUGAAACACAAUCUUCUAAGCCAGAUGGAAAUAACAGGGGAGUUGGGAAAUAUCAGAAAUUUUCAGGCAGACCAUCAAGUUGGGAUCCAUAUUCAACAGGUGUUAACAUAGAAGAAUUGAAAUUUACUCUUACUUUACAUGGCUCUUCAGCUCUCUGUGAGAAGCCAUAUGAAACUGAAACAGUGCAUGAGAAGCCUUGUGAUACAGAAUCUGGACAACGUUCUGCAGAUGUUAAUCCAGCACCUUUAAUAGCUGUGACAACUGGAAAUGAAAUACCAACUAACAGAGUGAAAACUUUAAAGGAUGCUAUAAAGCCUAAGCACAAGCGAAAAAAGAAGCCAGCCACGAAUGCUGAUGCAAGCUAGAGGACAUAAGCCAGUUUAUCUUUUCAAGUUUCUAGGUUUAAUUGUGUGCUUCUUGGCACACCCAAACCCCGUCACUUCAAAUGGGAGUGGAAAUGUCUCUGAGGAACGCAAAGCUCUUAACUGGUUUAAGAUAUCAACCAAAGCAGUAGAAGAAUUCUGUGAAUUAAUAUGCUCGGGAUACAAGGAAGUUGCUCUGAUUAAACUCUGUGAAAGUCCAAAUAGAGGGCUGCAAUCGUCUGCCUUGGUUGUGUUACCUUAGCAUCUUGUUCCAGGCUUCUUUCAGAUUGUAUGGUUAUUAACCACGUCGCUGAAACUCGGACAAAUAUUGUGGUUUUGCCCAUUUUCGUGUUGGCGAACAGACAGGUUCAUAAAGCUGUUGCAAGUAUUGCAAGUGUGUUUUUUGCA